AUUUAUGACCGUUGUAUACAUAUAUGUAUAUUGUAUGUGUAGUACGUCCAAUGCUUAGGCCGUCACGGGCGAAAUAAUGUUGUUAUGAUUGUAAUUUCCGUUUGCAAAGCGAAAUAUUCUUCUGAUAAAGUGCAGAACUGUUUAUAUUGAAUAAAAUAAAAUUGUAGAAAAAAAAAAACUGUAAUUAGUAAGAACCCAGUAAUUUCUCAUCGAUAUAAUGAGGAUGUGUAUUUAAGGUUAGAGUUAUUUCACUUAUCACUUUCCUCUGUAAUAACACGUUUAAUACUUUUAAUUAUCAUUGACACAAGGAUUUAGUUAGUUAUCAACACUACAACUCAACUAAUUAACUUAUAAAUUUUUAUUAUUUAAUUGACAAAACGGAGGUUCUACCUUUACACAGAACGCGAAAUGCACUUUCGCGUUUUAAAAAUAAAUAUUCAUUGUCUUCUCAUCUUUGGCAGUUGCAGGAAGACAGCCCAGAUGCUGAAAUGUGGCUGACAACAGCUGAGGCGGCCAGCCUUGGUGCUGAAGAAGUUGCAGCAAAACUCCAGGUUGACACAAGAACAGGUCUCUGGUGGCAAGAGGCUGAUGCUAGAAGACAGAGGUAUGGAUAUAAUGAAUUAACGGUUAAAGAGGAAGAUCCAACAUGGAAAAAAUACAUAGAACAGUUCAAAAAUCCACUUAUCCUUCUAUUACUUGGUUCAGCAUUUGUUAGUAUCUGUAUGAAACAAUUUGAUGAUGCCGUCAGUAUUACAGUGGCUAUUAUAAUAGUUGUAACAGUUGCAUUUGUUCAAGAAUAUCGUUCUGAGAAAUCAUUAGAAGAAUUAAAUAAAUUAGUUCCUCCUUCUUGUCAUUGCGUAAGAGAAGGUCGUGUAGAAACUUUCUUAGCUCGUAAUUUAGUACCUGGUGAUAUAGUUUUAUUAAACAUUGGUGACCGGGUACCGGCAGACAUAAGAAUAUUUGAGGCAAUAGACUUGGCCAUUGAUGAAAGUAGUUUUACAGGAGAAACGGAACCAUCUCAAAAGUCUACAUCACCACUUCUUAAAAACAAUGGGCACACUUCUAAGAGAAAUAUUGCAUUCAUGGGGACUUUGGUACGUUGUGGAAAUGGCAAAGGAAUUGUCAUUAACACAGGAGAAAAGAGUGAGUUUGGAGAAGUGUUUAAAAUGAUGCAAGCUGAGGAAGCACCAAAAACUCCUCUUCAAAGAAGUAUGGAUAUAUUGGGUGCUCAAUUAUCUUUUUAUUCUUUCUGCAUUAUUGGAGUAAUUAUGCUGCUCGGUUGGUUUCAAAACAAGGCAUUAUUGGAAAUGUUAACGAUUGGUGUGAGUUUAGCAGUGGCAGCUAUUCCAGAAGGACUACCAAUCGUGGUCACGGUUACUCUGGCUCUUGGGGUCAUGCGAAUGGCUAAAAGGAAAGCCAUCGUAAAAAAACUGCCGACUGUAGAAACUUUAGGUUGCGUCAAUGUCAUAUGCUCUGAUAAAACGGGCACGAUUACGAAAAAUGAAAUGACCGCAACGAUAAUCGUAACACCAGAAGGAUAUGUAGCUGACAUUACUGGUACAGGAUAUAAUGAUAAAGGAGAAGUACGUAUCCGUAAAUGUGAUAAUAUUGAUCUUGCUCGCACAUCUGUAAGCAAUCUACUCGAGGUGGGUAGUGUAUGCAAUAAUGCUGUAAUACAAAAUGAUACAUUACUGGGUCAGCCGACAGAAGGAGCUCUGAUUGCUGCUGCAAUGAAAUAUGGUAUGUAUGGAGUUUCAGACAAAUAUUUAAGACUUCAAGAGUAUCCUUUUUCAUCUGAACAAAAAAUGAUGGCUGUAAAAUGUGCACCAAAGUACACUGAUGACAGAACAGAAGUAUUUUUUACUAAAGGAGCUAUAGAAAAAAUUUUAGCUCAGUGUACGAAAUAUUCUGUAAAUGGUCAACUUUACCCUUUAAAUCAAAAGAAAGAACGAGAGUUUCAAGCCGAAGCUUAUGAGAUAGGACAACAAGGAUUAAGGGUGAUUGGUCUGGCUCGAGGAACAUCUUUGCAAGAUCUUAUUUAUGUUGGUCUCAUAGGAAUUUGUGAUCCACCACGAGAAGGAGUUAGGGCUGCUAUUUCUACUCUAUUUAAUAGUGGAGUAAAAGUAAAAAUGGUAACGGGAGAUGCUAAAGAAACAGCUACAGCUAUAGCUAACAUGAUUGGACUAGACACUCUUCAUAUGCGUUUAUUAUCUGGAGACAGAAUUGAUUCUAUGACGGAAGCUGAGCUACAAGAUGAGAUCGAUAAUGUCAGUGUAUUUUAUCGAGUUACUCCAAAACAUAAAUUAUGCAUAGUGAAAGCAUUGCAGAAAAAUGGAAAUAUUGUCGGAAUGACUGGAGAUGGUGUAAAUGAUGGUGUUGCUCUAAAAAAAGCUGAUAUUGGUAUUGCAAUGGGUAAAAAUGGAACUGAUGUUUGUAAAGAAGCAGCUGAUAUGAUUUUGGUUGAUGAUGAUUUUCAAACAAUCAUUGCUGCAAUUGAAGAAGGCAAGGGGAUCUUUCACAAUAUUAGAAAUUUUGUGCGGUUUCAAUUAAGUACUAGUAUAGCUGCAUUAGCCUUGAUAGCUCUAGCUACAAUGAUGAGUAUUCCUAAUCCUCUAAAUGCCAUGCAGAUUCUCUGGAUCAAUAUUAUUAUGGAUGGACCCCCAGCUCAGAGUUUGGGAGUAGAGCCAGUAGACAAAGACGUAUUGAGGCAGAAACCAAGAGAUACAAAAGAACCCAUGAUUACUCGUAAUUUAGUGAUUAAUGUGCUAUUGUCUGCAAUUAUUAUCAUUCUAGGAACACUCUGGGUAUUUAAUCGUGAGAUGACUUCUAAUGGUGUUACUGCUAGAGAUACAACAAUGACAUUUACUUGCUUUGUAUUUUUUGACAUGUUUAAUGCCCUCAGCUGUCGAUCACAAACGAAAUCAAUAUUCAGUAUUGGUUUGUUGAGCAACAGAAUGUUUCUAAUCGCAGUGACGCUAUCAGUCGUAGGUCAAAUGUUGGUUAUUUACUUUCCUCCUUUGCAAAAAGUUUUUCUAACUGAAGCGCUCACCGCAAAAGAUUUAAUGUUUUUAACGGCAUUAACGUCAAGUGUAUUCAUAAUAAGCGAAAUCAAAAAAUUCUUGGAGCGACAAUGGGAACGAAGACGAGCAAAUGGAUGGAACUACCAAAAGAAGAAGGCCAAAUCUAAUUCCAAGUCCAAAGUGCGUGGCAAUUAAUAAAAUCCACCAAAGUGGAAGCAUUGUGCAUGAGAUAUGAUGUUUUUCAACUUCUCUCUGAUUUCUUUAUUGAACCCUUUAACACACUAAUCUACUUUACUACGAUACAAAAGCAUGGGGAAUUUAAAUGAGCUUCACUUCUCAACUAUUUACAUCGGCUUGUAGAUGCUGAUAAUUAACAAUAAUUAUUUAAUGAAAGUAAGUUUAUUGUAACCCAAAAAUAUUAAUCAUUUCUGAUCAGUCAUCAAUAAUACAGACUUUCAUUUAGAUAAAUAUUAGAAUAUUUAUCUCAAGUGAAUUAACUCGGUUUUUCAUGAAGAAAGUAAUUUAUUAUUAGCAUGCCUAACACUUUAUAAUAUUUAUACAU